AUGACGGAUAAUAAAGAUUAUUCUCAAGAAGUAGAAAAGCUUUUAAAAAAAUUCAAUAUAGAAGAAUUUAAUUACUCUCAAUGUGAAAACCGUCAACCUAUUGCACGUGGAGGCUUUUCACUAAUAUAUUCUAUCGUUUAUCAUGGAAAGUCUUAUGCUUUAAAAUGCUUAAAUAAUAACCUGGGUUACGAUGAUAAAUCGUUUAAGCUAUUAGAGCGUGAGGGUCUGCGAGAAAAGACAGUUGCUAAUAUACCUUCAAAUUAUGUUAAUCUCUACAAGAAAUGCUGGUCUUUUGAACCAAGCCAACGUCCAACAAUAGACUUUGUUUUAAACGAACUUGAAAAACUACAAACAGAGGAUGUUACAUAUAUUGAACAUGAACUAUUUAUUGAUCAGUUUAGUUUGAAUAAAGGUAGGAAUUUUGAUAAUAAGGAUUUCGUUCCUAAAAUAGCUGCUAUUAUAGGAAAUAAUGGAUAUUUAGAAAAAGAAAAAAUAAAUCUGUCGGUUCCAAUUAUCUUUCUACCUAAAGAAAGUGGGAUAGAAACACAAUGUAAUGACGUAAAAAUCCUCAUUCCGAUUCUAAGUUUGCAUUACCAAUGUGAUGCAAUAGAAGAAUUUGUUCAAGAUAUUAGAGAUGUACUUGAACACUUAGAUUCAACUGAGAGAAGCAGGAUGCUAAAAGAAAAGUUUGAUCAUUAUGGCAAUUACAUAGUCACGUCUGCAACUGUAGGAGGUGUUAUUACAAUUAAGGAUUGGUCUAAAAUUGAUGAUGUAAGUAGAUCACGCUUAAAAACCUAUCUUCAAUGGAGUAUUGAAUAUGCAAAAGGCAUAAGAUUAAAAAACUUUGAAGACGCAGAGAUUGAUGACUUGAAUUUACAUAUAGAUUCAAAAAAUGUGCAAAAUGCUGGGAACUUAUACAAAUGGAUUAAAGACCUAUAUAACUAUAAGUGUUUAGAAAUUAUAUCAUAUGAAAAAUUUAAGCCGACAUAUCAAUUAUUGCCAGAAGACUUAAUUCAAAAAACAUUUGAAUUUUGCAAUUUUGAACAUACUGAUGACUCAGAAAUAAUUUCAAGAAUUCACUCUCAAUAUGAUAAAAAAAGUGGUUUAGAGUGGGUUACAUCGCCGCAACUCCCAUUAAUGCUGUAUAUAUGUGAUUGGAUUCAAGAUAAUUCAUUACAAUACGGUGUAAUUUUACGGCGCUCAAAAUUUGGACGAGCUAAGAAGGCUGCUUUUAAAUUUUUAAAAGAGCCUAAAAUAACUCGGAUAAAUAAAAUUACUGUCAUCUUAACACAACCUAAGACCCGUCAAGAAGCUUAUUUGUUAGAGAAUGGUAUUAUUUUAAAGGAAGAAGAUGGAAUAGAACUUGAGAAAAUUCCUUUUACUGAGCAUAUACUUGAUGUUCCUUUGGAAGACUUUAAAAACUCUAAAAAACAAUUUUCCAAUGCAAUUUAUUGCCAAAUUAUUUUUCAUACUAUAAAGAUUUCCUUCGACAUAUCAGAUAUUGAAUAUUUACAAGAAUUUUCAAAUGCAGUAGAUCUUACUCGUCAGGAUCAGAAUCAAUUAUCUCAAAAUAAAAAUCUUUGCAAAUUAUUCGGAGAUGAUUAUGGACAUUUAUUACCUAGAACAUUAACUUUAGGUGGAGUUUUAUCAAAAAAGUAUAUAUCAAAUAAUCACCCUACAGACAUUCCAACGCAACGAUUAGAUCUCAAAGACAAUGAUCCUGGUGCACAUCAUAAAAUUGAACAAGUUUUAGAAACAUGGAAUAAAGAAUUUAAAGAUGUUAAUACUUUUUAUUUUCUUAAUAAUGAUGGCGACGUUAUUUAUCGUAAUAAUAUCGGUGAUUGGAUGAAAACUCUUGCUGCUGAACCAAAAAGCUGGAGUAUUGUAUCUUCUGAAGAUUGGAUGCAAAUAUAUAAGGUUCUUAAAAAAAAGUAG